AAAUUUAUGCUUUACUCGAAAGAUUAAACUUGGAACUUGAGCUGGGGAGCUGGAAAAACUACAGUCAAGGUUCCUCCUGUUAACAGCACUAGCCCACGCCUGGGCUCGGGAGUUGAUCGGGAGAUUCGAAAAGGCGUCGGCCUGGGUGGUUCCGUUCACGAGCCCGAUUCUCCUCUUCCAUUUUUUUCCUAGAGUGGCUUGGGAGUGAGUUCUUCUCUGACCCUCCGUCGCGCCGGCUGCCUGCCUUCCCUCUCCUCCCUUCCCUCGGCCUACUCCUCCGCCUGCUUGCCUCGUACCUCUUUCUCUCGAUUACCUACCUGUUCCUGGGAGGCGAAGAAGGAUGUGGCGCUGCGUCUCUCGUGGCCUUCGCCUUGCGUCCCAGAAACCCCGCUCCUCCGCGUCGUUUCUCAAUGGAGCUCCCCCUUCCAGCCUCUUCAGAUCGUUCUCCUCUUCCUCCACGGCAGCGGGAGAGCGGUCAUCGUACACGAUUGUAGAUCACACAUAUGACGCGGUGGUCGUCGGAGCAGGAGGCGCCGGCCUCAGGGCGGCUAUUGGACUCUCUGAACACGGCUUUAACACCGCCUGCAUCACGAAGCUCUUCCCCACUCGUUCCCACACCGUCGCCGCUCAGGGAGGCAUAAAUGCAGCUUUGGGGAAUAUGACUGAGGAUGAUUGGAGGUGGCAUAUGUACGACACUGUCAAAGGAAGUGACUGGUUAGGUGAUCAAGAUUCAAUUCAGUACAUGUGCAGAGAGGCUCCUAAAGCAGUUAUUGAGCUUGAACAUUAUGGUUUACCAUUUUCUCGGACAGAGGAAGGGAGAAUAUAUCAACGUGCAUUUGGUGGCCAGAGCCUGAACUUUGGGAAAGGUGGCCAGGCAUAUCGUUGUGCAUGUGCUGCUGAUCGAACUGGACAUGCCAUGCUUCACACACUAUAUGGUCAAGCUAUGAAGCAUAAUACACAAUUUUUUGUUGAGUAUUUUGCAUUGGAUUUGAUCAUGGAUAGCGAUGGUUCUUGCAGAGGAGUAAUUGCUCUUAAUAUGGAGGAUGGUACUCUUCAUCGGUUCCGUGCAGCUAAUACCAUCUUGGCCACAGGGGGGUACGGCAGGACAUAUUUCUCUGCAACUUCUGCUCAUACCUGCACUGGGGAUGGUAAUGGAAUGGUGGCUCGUGCUGGGCUACCUCUACAGGACCUUGAGUUUGUGCAAUUCCAUCCUACUGGUAUUUAUGGUGCUGGUUGCCUCAUUACUGAAGGGUCUCGUGGUGAAGGUGGCAUUCUUCGGAACAGUGAGGGUGAAAGAUUUAUGGAGAGAUAUGCCCCAACAGCAAAAGAUCUUGCAUCAAGAGAUGUUGUUUCAAGGUCAAUGACUAUGGAGAUUCGUGAGGGUCGUGGUGUAGGACCAUUGAAGGACCACAUAUAUCUCCAUUUAAAUCAUCUGCCACCAGAUGUACUGAAGGAGAGACUUCCUGGUAUUUCCGAAACUGCUGCCAUUUUUGCUGGUGUUGAUGUUACGAAAGAACCUAUCCCUGUUUUGCCAACUGUUCACUAUAAUAUGGGUGGUAUACCUACAAACCACCAUGGAGAGGUGGUCCAUAUUAAAGGAGACAACCCAGAUGCUGUUGUACCUGGACUACUGGCUGCAGGUGAAGCAGCUUGUGCAUCAGUUCAUGGAGCCAAUAGGCUUGGGGCAAAUUCUCUUCUUGACAUUGUUGUCUUUGGUCGAGCUUGUGCCAAUAGGGUUGCAGAAACUUGUAAGCCAGGUGAUCAGCAGAAACCUUUAGGCAAGGAUGCUGGGGAGAGAACCAUUGCAUGGUUGGAUAAACUAAGGAACUCAAAUGGUUCAUUGCCUACUUCAAAGAUACGUUUGAAUAUGCAAAGAGUGAUGCAAAAUAAUGCUGCUGUAUUUCGCACACAAGAAACUUUAGAAGAAGGUUGUAAGCUGAUUGACCAAGCAUGGGAGAGUUUCCAUGAUGUGAAGAUACGUGACAGGAGCCUGAUCUGGAACUCAGAUUUGAUUGAGACAAUAGAACUGGAAAACCUUUUGAUAAAUGCAUGUAUCACUAUGCACUCUGCGGAGGCAAGAAAGGAAAGCAGAGGAGCACAUGCUCGGGAAGAUUUCGCAACGAGGGAUGACGCAAACUGGUUGAAACAUUCAUUGGGGUACUGGGAAAAUGGCAAGGUUCGGCUGUCAUACAGACCUGUUCACAUGAACACAUUGGAUGAUGAAGUUGAAUCAUUUCCGCCGAAGGCACGCGUCUAUUGAGCUACAUGCAGGGUACAAGCAGGUGGUUCAUCCUGUAAUAAGAGCAGUUCCAAUAAGUAUGGAUGAUUAUCCAAAAGUCCCUUCCAUGUUCACGGUUAGGUCGUUACAAAGGCAUGGGUGGUGUGAUGUUUCGGAUUCACGUAAUGAAUGCAUUGGUUCUUUCCGGUGCAAAGAUACUUUUCCUUUAGAGUCUGCUCUUUUGGACCUUUUAACUAUUUGUUCUGAUCAUUCAGAGUCAGCUGUCGGUGAAAAAGAGAAGCAAAUUUUCUGAAAUCAUCAGGCAUGUCUUUGCACUAUUUAGAACAUGUAUUGUGAGACUGCCUAAUUUCUUUCCUUGUGGAGGAGAACCGUGACAAUACUGAUCUCUGUGUGUGUGUACACACAUUUCAUUUUGUCAAUUGUUUGUUCACUUGUUCUGAUCUA